CGCUACAAUUUGCGGGGCUCCUGUGGACCUUUGUCUCCCACACACACGCAUGGGCACCAUACGACGAGCUCCUGUGUCCAGCACCCCUCACCCACUAGCUCCGCCCUCUUCCAUUAAUUGACCUUUCUAGGCGGCCUCGAUGAAUAGUACAUCCUUCAGGCAGCUCCUGACGUCUGCCAGAUCGUCUAGCUACAGCUUCAUUCAGUCCUGCACAACUCCCAGAUUCGUUAUCCUACAACAGCAUCAGCGCCCAUCCCGAGCAGUAGUGUCUGCUCCCUCGAGCUGCCGGCAGUUCGUGCGUUGCUCAAGCUCCUCCCCUGAAUCCCCGUUCAUCAUGAAGACGGUUUCGACUUCGGACCGCCUCGCGGAGCUGCGGGGCCUGAUGAGGGCGCGCAGCAUAGAUGUUUACAUCGUACCCACCGAAGACGCACACUCGUCCGAAUAUAUCGCCCCCUGUGAUGGCCGCCGAGAGUUCAUCAGCGGCUUCUCCGGUUCUGCAGGCACUGCCGUUGUGACCAACGACAAGGCCGCCCUGGCAACCGAUGGACGGUACUUCAACCAAGCUGCGACAGAGCUAGACAACAACUGGGAGCUACUGAAGCAGGGCCAGCCCGAUGUCCCGACGUGGCAGGAAUGGACAGCCGACCAGGCUGCUGGAGGCAAGACGGUUGGCGUAGACCCUACUCUGCUGUCAAGCUCCGAGGCCAAGGCGCUCCAGGAGAAGAUCAAGUCCAAGGGUGGCAAUGAUCUGGUUGCCAUAUCAGACAAUCUGGUUGACUUGGUAUGGGGUAGGCACAAGCCCUCACGCCCGAGCAACCCCAUAGCAUUCCUACCAAAGAAGUACUCUGGGAAGGAUACCGAGCCUAAACUCAAAGAGCUCCGAGAGGUCCUGGAGAAGAAGAAGGUAUUUGGCUUCGUAAUUUCUACCUUGGACGAGAUCGCCUGGCUCUUCAACCUUCGAGGCAGUGAUAUUCCUUACAACCCCGUCUUCUUCUCUUAUGCCGUCGUCACCGCCGAUAAUGCGACGUUAUAUGUCGACGCAUCGAAGCUCAGCGAGGAAUCUCAUGCCUACCUCAAGGAGAACAAAGUCGAUAUCAGGCCGUACGAGAGCAUUUUUGAGGACUCGGAGGUACUGGCCAAAAGUCUCAAGCCCACCGAGGACCAGGGAGAAGAAAGCAAGGUCAAAAAGCUCGCCAUUUCGAACAAGACAUCGUGGGCUCUUAAGCUUGCACUUGGCGGGGAUGGUGCCGUCGAUGAAAUUAAGAGCCCGGUCUGCGAUGCCAAGGCUAUCAAGAAUGAGACUGAACUAGAGGGCAUGAGGCAAUGCCACAUCCGUGAUGGCGCAGCGCUUAUUGAGUACUUUGCUUGGCUCGAAGACCAAGUGGCAAACAAGAAAGCUACCCUCAAUGAGGUACAGGCCGCAACCAAAUUAGAAAACCUGCGGGCAAAGCACGAGGACUUCGUUGGUCUAUCCUUCACCACGAUUUCUGCUGUGGGUGCAAAUGCCGCUGUCAUUCACUACAAGCCCGAAGAAGACUCAUGCGCAACGAUUGACGCCGAUUCUGUGUACCUCUGUGAUUCUGGGGCGCAGUUCCUGGACGGUACGACCGACACCACCAGGACAUUGCAUUUCGGGAAGCCCUCGGAAGCUGAGAGGAAGGCGUAUACACUGGUAUUGAAGGGAAACAUGGCUUUGGACAUGGCUAUAUUCCCCAAAGGCACGACUGGCUUUGCACUGGACCCCUUUGCUAGACAAUUUCUCUGGCAAGAAGGAUUGGACUACCGACACGGUACCGGUCACGGUGUCGGCUCAUACCUCAACGUUCACGAGGGUCCCAUCGGCAUAGGCACCAGGAAGCACUACGCUGGAGUCCCACUCGCACCGGGUAAUGUAACAUCUAUUGAGCCCGGCUUCUACGAAGAUGGCUCUUACGGCAUCCGCAUCGAGAACAUUGCCAUGAUCCGUGAGGUCGAGACUAAGCACAUGUUCGGCGACAAGCCAUACCUUGGUUUUGAGCACGUCACCAUGGUACCAUACUGCCGCAGGCUGAUUGACGAGAGCCUCUUAACACCACGUGAGAAGCAAUGGCUGAACGACUACAACAAGCUCAUUCUCGACAAGACGAGCGGUUUCUUCAAGGAUGACAAUUUGACCAUGGCAUGGCUUGAGCGCGAAACACAGCCCUAUUGAGUAGCCGGUGAAGUUCCUGGAUUCUCUAUGAUACCAUAAUUAUGUUGCUAGUUGCAAAUAAGCUGCAUUAGGAGCAUCAAAAGUGCGCAAAUGCAGAUAAAGCAAAUGUAACACCAAACGACAGCUUGAAAGGGGUGUUGCUGCGAAGGGCGGACAAAACCCGUGAUGACUGUGCCCUUUCCUUGAGGCGCAACUGAUGCACCAAGUCUAUUCCAUACUUUGCCGCAACCUACGGGCAUGUCAAUCAUAACGUUCAGAGCACUUGAAGAUUUUGGUUCUGAGGUCAAACGUACUGAGAAGGCGACUAUUGUCAGGCCCAUGAGCAAGACGAGGGUGCGCGAGAAAACACUGACAAAUAACCCGGAUAAGAAACCUACCUCGAGUGAUUAUUGUUACUACUUCGUCUCUCCUAAAUACGGCA